AUGUUUUUAUCACGGUUAUUCUCUUCAACCCUGGUACUUUCCACCCUCUUGGGCAUUGCUCAUGCAGGCCAAACUCCCUCCACUGGACCCAUUACUUGGAAAAAGGUGACGGCUGAGUUCGACCGUGGAGAGUUGAGUGUUCCAAUCGACUGGAACAAACCGUCUGGCGAAAAUGUCACCCUUGGAAUGCUCCGUUUCAAAGCAACGAACCAGUCUAAAAAACUGGGCAGCUUAUUCUUCAACCCUGGCGGACCGGGAUAUAAUGCGACCAUGUACGUGAUGGCCGCAAAGGAAGCCUUCCCGGUCCUCUAUGAAUAUUUCGACAUUAUUGGUCUUGAUCCGCGAGGUGUUGGCCUCAGCUCCCCCAUCAAAUGUGACCCGGAUAUCUAUAACGAGCGGGUGUCGCCCUAUCCCACCACCAACUCGGGGCUUGAUGCACUGGUCAAGAAGUACAAGUCACUUGGGGAGAGCUGCUUGAAGAAGUCUGGGUCUUUGGUGAAGCACAUGGAUUCCGUCAGUGUUGCGAAGGAUCUGGAAGCGAUUCGUGCAGCCCUGGGAGACGGUAAACUCAACUAUCUCGGCCUUUCGUACGGAACCUUGAUCGGCGCCAUGUACGCGGAGCUUUACCCUCACAAUAUCCGAGCAAUGGCUUUGGAUGGGAACAUGGACCACAGUGUGACUCCUACUGCCGAUCUAAUGGCCAAGGCAUCCGCUUACGAGACUGAACUGGUUCGAUUUUCGGAAUGGUGUGUUUUGAACUCGACUUGCCCACUCAAGGACACCGACCCCCUUCAUCUAUUCGAUGAGCUCGUGGCGCAGGGAAACAAAAAGCCCAUUCCUGCGCCUGGGUGCAAGAUCAGCGGCACUUGUCGCGAGAAUGUGACCGGCGAAGAGUUGCAGGAGAAUUCCGGCAAGUGGCUGUGGUUCAAAUAUGGAGUUGGUCAAUUUGAGACAUCUUGGACCGACUUUGCUUUUGCACUGUUGCAGGCGAAAGAAGGAAAUGCGACUCUACUGUCUACCUCGCUCGCAGAAGGUCCCUCGUCGAAUUCGUUUCAGAGCACUAUGAUCCAUUGUGGCGAUUGGGCUCAUCCCAAAAACUCUCUCGCGGAUGUCAAGUACAAGCAGCAGCUGACGGCCGCCCUUACGCCUCAUACCGGGAGUACCGCCGAUUCAUCGAAUCAGUGUAUUGGGUGGCCUUUCCCCCAGCAGAACAAGGAGCAUACCGCCAACAUCCAUGGCACUCCUCGUAUCCUCCUGACCAACGCACAAUAUGAUCCAUCCACGUCGUACAUUUCGGCGAAUGGUCUUCAACAGCAGAUCAGCAACAGCACUCUCCUGACGCGAAAGGGAGAUGGACAUACUUCCUAUUUCCAGUAUGGAGAGACGAGCCGCGCCAUUAGCUCUUAUCUCAUCCGCCUGACUGUUCCCGAGCCCAACACGGUUCUCGACAGCUAA